AUGGAGUUGAAGUUAAAAUUUCUUAAUUAUUGCUGUGGUAGUUCUGGUUCUGAUAGGAAUAAUUCUGAACUGGAGCAGCAGAGGACAAAAUCAGUUGUUUCUAAAAAGGUAGCACCUUCAAGACCAGCACCCCAAUCUGCCCCUGCAAUGGUUGCUUCUGGUUCCACUUCGGCUCCUCAAAAUCUUCAUGACUUCAUAUAUGUAUGUAUCUAUAUGUGUUUUUCUAACAAUUGUAAUCUUUCACGUGAAUUUUCACUAACUAAAACAAAUGGAUUUUUAUCAAAACCUAGUUUCACAGAGAAACUAACAAAUAUUGCUAGCAUUAAUUGGCACCGUGAGGCUGUCGGUCCGCUUACUGAAUAUACAAUAGCGACACGGAUUCAAACUGCAUUUAGGGGUUUUAAGGCAAGAAAGUUUUACUACAAUUCGAAACGACAAAUGUCGAAUACAUUAAGAAAUCUUCAAUCGUGGAACAGGAUACAAGCACAUAUAAGAACUAGCAGGCUUGCUAUGGUGGAAGAUAGCGGAAUCAAACAAAAGAAGAUUGAACAUCAGUUGAGGCAAAAUGCUAAGGGCCAUAAUCUCGAGGUGGAAUGGAAAGGCAGCCAUCAUAUGAUGACCGAGGCUCUUGCGCGCAAAAAACAAAGAGAAGAAGCUAUUAUAAAGUGUGAACGCACAAUGGCAUACGCCUUCUCUCAUCAAUGGAGUGCGCAUUCUAAUUCCAAUUUAGAUGCAAAUGGUUCCAAUCUCGCAACAUAUAAUUGGGGUUGA